AUGUAUGCAAAGCGCUAUGGGUUCACAACAGCCACCACCCAGGUGGUCGGACCCAAUAAAUUCGCCAAUCUACGAACAAGUUGCCUCCAUGCGCAAGCCUUCAAUCCCAAAGAUAGAGACAGGGUACUCCGUGCACUGCUGCUCCAUGAUGUAGUCCACGGCAAUAAUCAUAAGUCAGACGCAGCCAACAUGGUGAAAGAAAUCGAUGAUCUGGUCCAGCAGUACAGAAAUCAUUGCGACACCCAAAGAGUACUCUCCAUUCGACAUCUUCUACAUUUUCAAAUGGCAGUCCUUUGCCUUUGGCUUUGGCUUGUGUACGUCUUUUAUCCCACUCCAGCUACUCAACCGCUCAGCAACAUACUUCAAGAAUACAUUCAAGCCAACGAAACAGACACGGUGACCCGAUUCCAUUUUGAGUUUUUGGACGUGAAAGGGACAAUCUCCACCGAAAUUGGCCUGUUUACAAAUCUUGUUUACGUGAGCUCGAUGAAUCAAUUGGCCGGGACACUUCCCUCGGAGCUGGGGCUCUUGACGGCGUUGACUCGUUUGGGAUUGACCCACACCUAUCUGUCCGGACCGAUUCCAACGGAACUUGGAGCAUUGACUUGCUUGGUAGGCCUGUAUUUGGGACGCAAUGCCCUGACUGGGUCAGUUCCGACGGAACUAGCACAAUUAACAAAAUUGGAGGAAAUGGGAUUGACCCACACCUAUCUGUCCGGACCGAUUCCAACGGAGCUCGGAGCAUUGACGUGCUUGGAAGGCCUGUAUUUGGGACGCAAUGCCCUGACUGGGUCAGUUCCGACGGAACUAGCACAAUUAACAAAAUUGGAGGAAAUGGGGUUGGAAUCCAAUCAACUGUCUGGUCCAAUUCCGUCAGAGCUGGGAAAGUUACGUGGAUUGGUGGAGCUGCGGCUGGAUGGAAAUGGCUUGUCUGGAUUGAUUCCCAAGGAACUGUCACAAUCCACGAGUUUGAAACACCUGUCUUUGGGCAACAACAGCAAACUGCAUGGAACAAUCCCAACCGAGCUUGGAAGGUUGACCAGCUUGAACUCUUUGUUGCUCGAGGAUUGUGCAUUGACGGGGAGCAUCCCAUCAGAGAUUGGAUUGACCAACAUAACCCAAUCCCAGCACUUGGCUCUGGAGGGCAAUCGACUAUCUGGGCCUAUACCAUCAGAUCUAGAAUCGUUGGCAGACAUCAAAGACCUGGCGGGUCCAAGGCAAUGA